CCAUUUUCCUUAAGCAGUUAUACAACCCAGUCAACCAAGACCUUGAGAUGGAGGCGUUCAACUCAAACAUCAGCCAUUAUGAGAAUGACUCAUAUGAGUAUGAUGACGAGCUAAUCUCAAUGUGUGAGGUCGACAACUAUAAAAUGACCACCGGCGUGUGCUAUGCCACGAUCUUCUGCCUCAGCAUCCUUGGAAAUGGCUUCCUCGUGUUUGCGCUCACCUGCUACGAAGACCUGAAAAGGGCUACCAACCUUUUCAUGUUCUGUUUGGCUCUUUUCGACCUUCUGUUCACACUGACGUUGCCUUUCUGGUGCGUGGAGCUUCUUCAUCAUUGGGUUUUUGGUGAUGUCGCCUGCAAGAUCAUGACCGGGGCCUAUUUUGUAGGCAUCUACGGAAGCCUUAUCCUCCUCACGGCCAUGACCCUCGACCGUUUUGUUGUGGUUGUGGUCAGAAGCUACUGGCUAACACGGAGUCGAAGGCUCAAAUGUUCAAAAGUUGCCUGCAUUGGUGCCUGGAUCAUAAGUCUGAUUGCUUGUCUGAGAGAUUCAAUAACCGCAAAGGCACAAAAUGCGCAUAUCAACACAUAUUCUUGUGAAAGCACCGAUACGCAUGAUGAAAAGGCUGGAUAUUAUGCACAGCUCAUUCUGCUGUUCCUCGUACCGUUUGCAGUCAUUGCUUUCUGUUACACCAAAAUCCUUUUGACUCUCAUGUCAACGUCGACCAGGCAGAAAUACAGGACUGUGAUACUGGUGCUGUGCAUUGUUAUAGCUUUCUUCAUAUGCUGGGGACCGUACCACAUCAUCAUCGUGCUGAUGUCCAUCUAUGAAUUUGAUGCCUGUGAACAUUAUCAGCUGCACGUUGCGUUUAUCAUCUGCAGGAUUCUGGCAUUUUCUCAUUGCUGCAUAAACCCAGCGCUGUAUAUUCUCAGAGGGAAGUACAGAAAUCUCUUGUCCAGCUUAUUGUUCUGCUCUCCUGAACUCAGGCAGUCGGGGCUCUACAGAGGACCAACGGAUCCGAGCGACUCCAGGAUUCAUCCGUACACGAAUGAAGGAGCUCGAGAAAAUUGUGAAGCGCAACAAACAAACAUUGUAGAGCUGAACACACUGAAAACACUGUAAAA